UCUCUCUCAUUCUUAUAUCUCUCUCGUGAGCUUAUCACCAUGGAAGAAGCACUUUUUUUAUAAAGAAAAAGUUAAAUUCCGCGUUUUCACAAUCAUUCACUUUCUUAUAUAACUUCUUCACACCACAAUUAUUCAUUUUCUUUCUAAGCUUCAAUCUUCUUCUCUCUAUUCUGAGUCUUCAUCGUCUCUCACAACCUUCUCCACUCGCAAAUUUCUACUCUUUGGCUUGUGCUUGAUUGAGAUAUAGGUGGUGAAGAUGUCGACUCCUGCUAGGAAGAGACUGAUGAGAGAUUUUAAGAGGUUGCAACAAGAUCCUCCUGCUGGCAUCAGUGGGGCACCCCAAGACAACAAUAUCAUGCUUUGGAAUGCUGUGAUCUUUGGGCCAGAUGACACCCCUUGGGAUGGAGGUACGUUCAAGUUGACGCUUCAGUUCACAGAGGAUUAUCCUAACAAACCACCUACUGUGCGCUUUGUUUCUCGGAUGUUUCAUCCAAACAUUUAUGCAGAUGGAAGUAUAUGUUUGGAUAUUUUACAAAAUCAGUGGAGUCCAAUUUAUGACGUGGCUGCUAUACUUACCUCAAUUCAGUCAUUGUUGUGUGAUCCAAACCCAAAUUCUCCAGCAAAUUCUGAAGCUGCUAGAAUGUUCAGCGAAAACAAGCGUGAAUACAACCGUAGAAUACGUGAGAUUGUCGAGCAGAGUUGGACUGCUGAUUAACCAUAUCAUGUUUGGCAUUGACUAGACAAUGGCUGUGAUAAAAAUGGAUAUGAUUGAAUAACUACCAACUUCUAUAAACAACUAUGUUUUAUUUUACUUGCCCAUGCUUGACUAUUAUGUGUUUGCUCAAACUUGAUUAUCAAUUAAGCAUUCUUCCCUGUUGUGCA